AAAAUUAUCCAACAGAAUCCUGCUGGCUCGUAUUAGAAAACGUUAUCCAAGUUUGCUCCAGAAUUCAUUUGCAAAUCUUCUUUUCUCACAGAACAAACUUUUUUGAAAUGAACAUAUUCUUCAUAGUCGUCAUAUGCCUAAGUACAUCAUGGAUCGGCACUGCAAGCGCUGCCUGUCAGAAACAUCAAGCAGGGUCCAGUAAUAUUCAGAACAAGGCAGAAGAACCCAUCAUCUUAGCACCUCUCAAAGACGGCAUAGAAGCCGUGCUGCUGCUGGUGCCAGGCGCCUACAUCAAUGCAGCGUUCUACGAACCUCUGGGUGUUGCUAUCCAGACAACGUCUUCCCUGAAGCUCUGGGUGGGACUGGUCCGACCUUUCGUCUCAGACUUGCCCAACCCUGUGCAGUGUUCAGAUGAUAUCGAGAAGACUUUGUCGAUGAUGCGCGACCAGGGCAUGGUGACGUCACUCAUCGCCGUCGCCGGGCAUUCGCUUGGAGGCGUCGUAAUGCAAGACUGGAUCUCUGCGAACCUCGCUAAUGUGACGUCAAUGAUCCUAAUGGCAUCGCAGCUCAACAACGCUGAAGUCGCCAACUCCAGCCUGGCGACUCUACACAUCAGCGGUGACUUGGACGGGCUAGAGGAGAUCACGGAGCUCGAGCCGACCUUCAGGAGACUCGAGAGCUCAGUGAGCCAGGACCCAGAGGCCGUGUUCCGGAAGCCGACGGUGGUCCUGCGGGACGUGAACCACAUGCACUUCGCGUCCGGCGCUCCGCCCCCUCUGGUCCAGUCCGAUGACAUCCUCUCUCCGCUGUCGGAGGAAGAGGCUCACGCUCUUCUCGCCGUACACAUGUCAGCGUUCCUGACCUCAGCCAUGCAAGCUCCUCCUGACGAGGUCGCUGACGCCAGAGCUCUGCUGCAGCAAGACUUCUAUGACACUCAAGACAUCAUGAGGCCUCUCGCAGAAAUGCGCGAGCUGACGUCGACGGGAACGCUUUCCCCCUUUGCCACCAUCGGCCAGCAGAUUCUUAGUAACCUCGACCCGCUGUUCUAUUCUUCACUUUUCGUGAACGAUACUUCUUACGAAGACUUGGCUCCGUUUGAGAGCCACCAGCCUGUGUCCACACUCGUGGGGGACGUGGCUCAGGUCAACACCUACAGCCUCGUGACUGACGCUGGCCCGCUGUCGUCCUAUUCCAGUGCUGAGGAGCUUGCUAUCAAGUUCAAGAACUCGGACGACUUGAAGAAAGUUUUGGCCUCAACAGACGCCGUGUUCCUCGACAGUAACGUCACAUGCCUGGACGUUAACCAGGAGGCCAUCAACGCGGCUCUGAGCUCCGGAGGUGUGGUGGUGACCGGGCGCUACGAGAGCCGCGGCCGCCCCAUUCUCCUACGGCCGGACUCAGCGCAGCAGACCGGCCCUGAGUGGCUCAACGCGCCCGUCAACUACACACUCACCGAUGCUGGACUGGAGGUACAGUCGGCGUCACUAGUGACAGCAGUGAGUGUUCCGUUCGGCUUCGACGGAAUGUAUUACUGCAAGCUCAUGCCCCCCAGCCGUGCACUGGAGUACAUCAUGAUAGACAGCCUCAGGGGCACCCAGCCUGUGGCGCGACAUUGAGUGUGGAUAUCGGGCGAAAUUGAGUGGGGAUAUCGGGCGAAAUUGAGUGGGAUAUCGGGCGAAAUUGAGUGGGGAUAUCGGGCGAAAUUGAGUGGGGAUACCGGGUGAAAGUGACUGGUAAUAUUGGGCAAAAUUUAGUGGUGAUAUUUUGCAAAAUUAAGUAGAAUACCGGGUGAAAUUGAGUGAGGGUAUUAAGCAGAAUUGAGCGGAAAACCGGGUGAAAAUGAGUGGAGAUAUCGGGCGAAAUUGAGUUGGGAUACCGGGUAUAUAAUCUACUCAGAUUAAUUUAUGUAUCUGCAAUCUAUUACAAAAAAUCUAAUUAUUCAAAUAAUUUCUUCCUCGUUCAAAUAUUUGGGACUUUCGAAAUUUCAUUGUCUUCUCAAACACUUGAUGCAAAUCUUGAA